ACAUGCAGCCUGGUAAGUCAAAUACUCCAGCAGACCGACAGUUUCUACAUGAUGAACUGAAUGAAGUACUAGUUCAUUAUUGAAUGUGUUGAUGUGUUUUUAUUAUAGUUGCUGAGGACAAGUCUGCUCAGCUGUCUGUGUCUGAACUGCUGCACAGAGCCAACAGAGGCAUCAUUCCUGAACCUGAUGAGCCCAAGCUAAUGGAUGACAUUGCUGUAAAUGAGAGAAAUGCUGAUCCCUGCACCUCCCGUGGCUGCCUCUGGCAGAAAUACAGCGACGGCAAGAUUUAUGUGCCUUACGUCAUCGCCAACCACUACUCCUCCCGUGAGCUGGAGAUCAUCAAGCGUGGUUUGGACUCUUUCUCCCAGAGCACCUGCAUCCGCUUCUUCCCCCGCAACAAUGAGAGAGACUAUAUCAGCAUUGAAUCUCGCAGUGGAUGCUACUCGUACGUUGGCCGUCAGGGUAAUAGCCAGACUGUGUCUCUGGCCCGUAAUGGCUGCCUUUACCACAGCACUGUGCAGCAUGAGCUUCUCCAUGCUCUUGGCUUCAACCAUGAACAGACCCGUAACGACCGUGACAAUCACAUCCAAGUCAUCUGGGAGAACAUCAGGGAUGACAUGAAGUACAACUUCAACAAAAUCAACACCCUAAACCAGGGAACUCCCUAUGACUACAGCUCUGUGAUGCAGUAUGAGAGAUAUGCUUUCUCCAAGAAUGGCCGACCCACUAUGGUUCCCAUUCCUAACAAUAAUGCUGCCCUGGGCACAUCUACUCAGAUGAGCCAGAAUGACAUCAUCAGAAUCAACAGGCUCUACCAGUGCUGUGAGUGA